AUUUUGCUCAGAUAUUUGACAAAAUGCACUUUUCCAUAUUUGCCCAAAAUCAGAAAAAAAACUAAGAAAGCGGUAUAUCCUUUUGGUGAAAAUUUUGACCAAUUAUGAAACCUUGGUUUUUUUUAUGAAAAAUGACUCAAAUGAGUAAGAAAAUGCAUGGGCAUGGUAAAUUGGACCAAAUUUAUACCAAUAUAGACCAAAUACUCAGCAAACAUUAGCAGUAAUGCUAGCACCUUUACUGCCCAAAACUUGGUUGCUGUAGGAAAAUAGAAACAUACAGGUACGUUUUAUUUGUUUUUCUAACAAAAUCCGUUAAUCUUCUUCCCAGAGUUAUAGAAAAAUCCAGAAUAAGUAGUUAAUUGCUAUUUUUAAUUAGAGCUUUUAGCCGUUUAGCUUUAUUCAUCCCAUUCAUUUUGAACUCACUCGCGGGCUCCCUCUAGCGGUGCGGAGUCAUAUUCUGAUAUAACGGGGGAGUGGGCAGGCUCUCCACAAACCGGCUCUGUGAGAGGAGGAUGCUGAGGAUGAAGGCAGUCAGUCCGUGGGCUGGUAGUGUCAGUUAUUAAAAAUAUAACUAAUAUUAUAUAUAUAUAAUCUUGUGAUUUAAAAUAGAUAUUGUGUAUUUAGGCACAUUUUGUUGGUAGCUCUGUUGCUGGGUGUGACGAUGCACGAGUGUAUGUUUUGUAUUGCCUGUACACAGAUGGGCGUAUAGCGUGUAGUAAUAUGUAUAAUAAUAUGUAAUUGGAAUAUUGAGUAUAUACUGUCAGUACUGAUUUACAUAAUCUCCUCUAGCGGUUCUCUUGUGUCUGUAAAUAUAUGUUGUUAUGAUAAUAGUUAUAAAAUGUGCGCUGGUUCUGGUUGAGGUAGUAUAUGGUGGUGUUAAUUGGUGUAUGUAGAGUCAGAGAGCGUGUAGAGCGGCCGCUCCUCGGGCAGGUGUAGUAGUGUAUAUGAGGCUGGUGGACAGGGCGGCAGCAGCAGCAGUAUGGCCGCGGAGCCGGACGCUCUAGCCGUGGUGAAUCAGCUGAGGGAGCUGACCGCCGACCCCCUGAACCGCCGGGCCAUAGCCGAGGACCAGGGCUGCAUACCCGGCCUCAUCUUAUUCCUGGACCACUCCAACCCUGAGGUUGUCUACUCAGCUCUACAGGCUCUUCGGUACCUGUCUGAGUGUCGUGCCAACAGAGAGAAGAUGAGUGGAGAAUUCGGGAUGCUGCUGAGUCUACAGAACAUUGUUGAGAAGACAACAACGCCUGGGGAAACACGGCUUCUGGCGUCGGAGGUGUAUGAGCUGUUGAGGAACGCUGGAGCAGACGGAGGAGGAGAAGACGAGCGGGGUGAAGAGACGGCCUCCUGCAGACGCAAAGCACAGUUUUUCCUCGGCUCGUCCAACAAACGAGCUAAAACUGUCACGCUGCACAUCGACGGCCUUGAUGACUCGGAGCGCAGGACUCUCUGUGAGGAAGUUCUACUGAGGAUUCGAGGUGUGAUCAGCUUUACUUUCCAGAUGGCAGUGAAGAGAUGCAUCGUUAGGAUCAGAUCUGACCUGACUGCUGAGACUCUGGGCAGUGCUAUAGCUUCCACUAAGGUGCUAAAAGCUCAGCAUGUGGUGAAAACGGAGAACGGCGAGGAGGUGCUGAUUCCAUUCCAUGAGGAAGGUGAAGAGGAAGAUAACGCCCCUGUGAGCAUCAACCUGCCAGAAUACCUGUCGGAGGACGACAGUCCGAGUGUUGAGAAGGAGAAGGUCCUGAGUCGGGUCGGUUCUGCCAGUGAAGGCAGUGGCUGGCUGGCCUCGGCCACUAACUUCCUCUCUAGGUCAUUCUACUGGUGAAUAUUUGGUGUUCUCCUGAGAUUACCACUUUCUGACCAGAACAGUAAGAUUUCACCAUAUUCUUACACUGACGAUCGACAGUGAAGCUUUUCUGUGCAGAUCUGCUGCAGGUAGAGAUUCAGAACACAUGCCCAUAUUCUUUAAUACCCAAGAAGGACAGGGAUGGCAUUAAUUAGAGCACUGGGAUAUUGAUGACAGGGUUGUGGGUUCAAGACCUUGGUUCGGCAAGCUGCCACUGUAGGGUCUGCUAUGCAGCAAUGGCUUCUCACCAUUUGUGUGCUCACUGUUUAUCACUGUGUGUUUUUGUGCCCACUAGUGUGUAUGUGUGUGUUCACUGCACAGGUUAAAGGUUAAAGGUUUAGGCCAAAUUCCAACUGUGUUCAACACAAUACGGUGAAUAUGGUUGUCUAGUCUUGUCUUAACUUUCAUGUACUUAUGAAAGUCUUCAACCUUCCCUCUUUCUUGACACUAAAAAACAGGAUGAAAAUGAUCUGUAAUAAGUAGAUCUGCAACGAUUAGUCGAUAUAAUCGACAAUGUUGAUUAUUUAGAUUUGUCGACUACAAAUUUAAUUGUCGACUAAUCGUUAAUUUGUAACAGUACUCACCAUUUAUCAGUACUUUUCACAUUUAAACAACAUCUAGACAUUAAAAUCCCUUUUAAAUCUCACGAUCAGCUGUUUCUAUAAUUUUCAGAGCUAGAGGACAUGGCAGAAAUAAUCGCUGACUAGCGACUAAUCGUGAAAAUUAUCUGCAUAUUAGUCGACUACCAAAAUAAUCAUUAGUUGCUUCCCUAAUAAUAAGAAUAUUGGACUUUCAGGGGACCAUUUUAAUACUUUUUCAAUGCAUUGUAUAUAUACACACACACCAAUCAAUUUUUUUAAUAAGAUUAUACAAAUACAGGGUUCAGCCUGAUUUGAUUAAACAUUCCUGGGAGAUUCUUGCCCAUCUUGGCAUCCUUCAGAUUUUUUUUCUUUCUCUGAAAAUGCCGUUCUACUGUUUAUUCCAUACUGGUUCUAGUUAAGUCACUACUGAUGAACACUGAACUAAUUUUCAAGUUUUUGAAACCAUUGAAGGUGACUCUUGUUUGUGACAUGGAGCACUAUCAUGCUGGAAAUAGCCAUCAGAAGAUGGGCAAACUGUGGUCAUGAAGGGAUGCACAUGGUCAGCAUCAAUACGGGAACAGACUGUGGUAUUCAAGUGAUGUUUGACUGUUUUUUUGGGGCCCAAAGUGUGGCCAGAAGACAUUCCCAACACUGUACGACCACUUACACCAGUCUGGAUUGCUAACAAAAGAAAGAUAUUGAUGCCAAAUUACAACUUUACCGUCUGUGUGCCUCAGACUGGGCUAUGUGUCUCCAGUGUUCAGCAGUCCAGUUUUGGUGUGGCUGUGCUCACUGCAGCCUCAGCUUUCUGUUCUUGGCAGACAAAAGUGGAACCCAGUGUCAUCUUUUGCGUCUCAGGAUUCACUUGAUGUGUCUCACUUGUGGGCUAGUGGGUCAUGGCGAAGAACCAUCUCAGAGACCACAGCUAAACUAGAGCUUUUAUUUCUCAAGACAUUUUAUGGUCAGGUGUGGUCUCUUCACUUUUUAUUUUAUGACAAAUCAUGGAGAUAAAAGCUGUGUUUACUGAAGUUGUUUAUAAAUGUUGAUUUUUUUUAAGCACGAGCUGUUCCUGGGAGUUUUUUUAUUAUACAUUCCAUAGAGGUUAGGAUAUAAGUGAAGAAGACACUACUGAAAACAAGACACUAAACCUAUCAGGAGAUUUAGAGCAGAAGUGCACUGAUGAUUUUAAUCCAAUGAUUAAAAAUAAUUGUGUUAAAAUUGUGUAUGUCUUAUGCUAUAUUUCUCAUGUUUUGUUGAUCUGUUUUUGCUUGUAAAAUCACUACAUGACAUUAAAAUACUGUGAAUGCAUAUCUACUAGAAAUGCACCGGAAUUAAAGUUUUUGUUCAAAAUCGAACAAAACAAAACAGUUGGCCAAAGCUAGAUUUUUUAUUUAUAUUUUUUCCCAUUUUCUUCCCAAUUUACAUGGCCAAUUACCCAACCCACUCAUUAGGACUCCCCCUAUCACGAGUAAUGCCAGGAGGGUGAAGACUAGCACAUGCCUCCUCUGAUACAUGUGAAGUCAGCCACCGCUUUUUUUCGAGCUGCUGCUGAUGCAGCAUUGCCGAGCAGCCAGCGCACUCCCGGUUCUGAUAUAUCAGCUCACAGACACCCUGUGUUGCAGACAUCACCCUAGGAAAGCGUCACCUACCCACCCAGAGGGAGCAAGGCCAAUUUUUCUCCCUGUGAGUGCCGGAAGCUUGAUGCCAAAGCUGCAUGUGAGGGGGUUCGAAUCGAGCUUGUAGUGGCAGCGCUUCAGACCGCUGGACCACUCGGCGCCCCAACAUUCUCAGUGUUAACCCUGGCAAGUCUACUGUGUACUAACAACUAGUGCUACUCUAAUAAUGAAUUUGCUUCAGCAGUGUAAAUUUAGUUGUAAAUGUACCUCAGCAGUGCUACUCAAUAAUUUCACCCACUGCUGUUGUUCAACCAUCUGCGUCUCACCGCUAUCAGAGGUACACUGCCACUGCUGCAGCUCAGCCAGUCAGCUCUCCCUCCUGCCCUGCCUCUAAACCCAUACAUCACCCAGUUCCCCCUCCCAAACUUCUACUCCCAUAAUUAAGCAUUUUUUUUAAUAUGAGCAGAGGGUGGAGUCAGCAAGAACCAGGGGGUUUAAGGUAGCUUAGAUAAAGUUACUAAGACUUGUGCAGCUUGUAUUAUUUUGAUGGAAAACAGAGAGUUUGUGAAAAGUAAAAAACGAAUACAGAGUGGGAUGAGUGAUGCUCCGCGUUAUUUUGUAACAUUUGUGUGAGUAAUGAGUAGAAAAAAACUUUAAGCUGAUGUUUGGUCUCUCCCUCACUCUCUGUCGACACUAAAAAUAGCAGUGCUCUGGUAUGCAGCACCACCGUGGGAGAAGGCCACCACUGCUUAAAAAAUGCUAAUAAUAUUAAACUAAAUUGCCCAUUAUUCAGUGUGAUUUAUUCUUCUUUUCCCAUAUUUGGCCAAAUAAUGAGAUUGCUAAAAAAAAGUACUAUAUAUACUAAUACUUGGUUUUGGUGCAUUCUUACAUACAGUGCAAUUCAGUACAAAAUAAAUAUAAUUUUUUUUUUUAAUUUACAAAAAAAAAAAAUACAUUAAAAUUUUAUGUAUUAUUUGAAAAAAAAAAUCCAUAAGCAACACUUACCCCUGGUCUAAUUCGAUGAAGGACUACUCGGGUACAGUUUGGUAACUCUAAAUACUAGGCCUUCUGAUAUGUUUUGAAGUGGCUAUGCUAAAAUACAGAGAAGCAUAAAUUCAUGUUUUUGUUAUUUUCUUAGAAUAAAUGCAAACAAACAAACAAAUAAAUAAAUAAAUCUAUGUUACUGUUAUGUCUCACAGAUACAGAUAUAUAUAAUCACAGUCUGUGGUGUACUAAAUGUGCACAGCACUGUAUUUAUUCACUAAACAGAAGAUCCUUCCAGAUCCAAGAACAGGAGCUGACUGCCUGCGUGUCUUGUAUAGGGGGUUUGUACAGAACAGAACUUUAGUAUGUCCGAUGUAUGGCUAAAGUAAAAUAUGUAAUCAAUGUACAUUUUUUUUUCAGCAGCUGUGUGACUAAUAAAUGUGUUUCCCCUACACAUUAUUUAUUUACUGGUGCACAAAGUGAAACUGUGUACUCUUUUCAUAUGUGUGAUGAGUGAAAUAAAGAUUUUGCAGUUUU